GCCAGCCGUUCUGUAUCUCCCGCCUGAUACUCGUUCUGCUGCUUCUCCUUAAACCCUAAACCCACGUUCCCCUCACCACCCUUUGAUUGGAGAGAUGGAGACGAAGAUGGAAAUUGAAUUCACUAAGCAGCCGUACAUCGAAGAUGUUGGUCCUCUUAAAAUAAAAAGCAUAAAUUUCUCUAUAUUCUCUGAUCUGGAGAUCAUGAAAGCCGCUGAAGUUCAAGUCUGGAGGAAUAAUUACUAUGAGAGCAAUUUUAAACCCGUCGAAGGCGGCUUGUUGGAUCCUCGAAUGGGUCCUCCAAACAAAAAGUCUAUAUGCGCAACUUGUCAUGCGGACUUCCAAAAUUGUCCAGGACACUUUGGAUAUCUGAAGCUUGACCUCCCUGUUUACAACGUUGGAUUCCUCAACUAUAUCCUUGAUAUUUUGAAGUGCAUUUGUAAGCGUUGUUCCAACAUUCUUAUUGACGAGAAGUUGUAUGAAGAUCACUUGAAGAAGAUGCGGAAUCCAAAAAUGGAGCCAUUGAAGAAGACUGAAUUGGCGAAAGCGGUUGUCAAGAAGUGCAGUAUGAUGGCAAGCCAGAGAAUUAUAACAUGCAAAAAUUGUGGCUACCUGAAUGGCAUGGUGAAAAAGGUUGCAGCGCAGAUGGGUAUUAUAGGCAUCAGUCAUGACCGAUCUAAAAUCCAUGGUGGAGAGGUUGAUGAAUUUAAAUCUGCAAUAUCCCACACAAGAGAGUCUACUGGAGCAAUUAAUCCUCUUACCUAUGUUCUUGAUCCUAACUUGGUGCUUGGACUUUUUAAAGGAAUGAGUGACAAGGACUGUGAACUUCUUUAUAUUGCUCAUAGACCUGAGAAUCUUUUCAUAAUCUGCAUGUUUGUGCCACCUUUACCUACCCGACCAUCUGUUAGAAUUGGUGGUACACAAAGUAAUGAAAACGACCUAACAGAGCGAGUAAAGAAAAUCCUUCAAGACAAUGCUUCUUGUAAGAAAAUUUUAAACCAAGCUACCACAUCGCCCAAAAACAUGCAAGUGUGGGAUACCGUUCAAAGCGAGGUUGCGCAAUACAUUAAUAGCGAAGUCCGUGGUAUUCCAAACCAGCCAGAUAGCAAGCCACUGAGCGGAAUUCUUCAGCGUCUCAAAGGAAAACAGGGACGUUUCCGUGCAAACUUGUCAGGGAAGCGUGUCGAGUACACUGGUAGAACUGUUAUUUCUCCUGAUCCCAAUUUGAAAAUUACAGAGGUAGGAAUCCCUAUCCUUAUGGCUCGGAUCUUAACUUUUCCUGAAUGCGUUUCCCGUCAUAAUAUUGAAAAGUUGAGGCAAUGCGUCCGUAAUGGUCCUAAUAAAUACCCUGGUGCCAGAAGUGUCAGAUAUCCAGAUGGUUCUUCAAGGACUUUGGUCGGUGAUUAUCGCAAGCGUAUUGCUGAUGAACUGACUAUUGGCUGCAUAGUUGAUCGUCAUUUGGAAGAAGGGGAUGCUGUUCUUUUCAACAGACAACCGAGUCUGCAUCGGAUGUCUAUCAUGUGUCACAGGGCAAGAAUAAUGCCUUGGAGAACGUUGAGGUUCAACGAAUCAGUUUGUAACCCAUAUAAUGCUGACUUUGAUGGUGAUGAGAUGAACAUGCACGUACCACAAACAGAGGAGGCUCGGACAGAGGCUAUUACAUUGAUGGGGGUACAAAACAACUUAUGCACCCCAAAAAAUGGAGAAAUUUUAGUAGCAUCAACGCAGGAUUUCCUGACAUCUUCCUAUUUGAUAACGAGAAAGGACACCUUUUAUGACCGUGCAGCCUUUUCACUUAUAUGUUCUUACAUGGGAGAUGCCAUGGAUGCCAUAGAUUUGCCCACGCCCACAAUCUUGAAGCCAAUAGAGCUUUGGACUGGUAAACAAGUUUUUAGUGUUUUGCUGCGUCCAAAUGCAAGUGUUAGAGUCUACGUAACUCUUAAUGUGAAAGAGAAGAACUUCAAGAAGGGAAAGUAUGAUGAAACAAUGUGCACAAAUGAUGGAUGGGUUUAUUUUCGAAAUAGUGAGCUUAUAUCAGGACAACUCGGGAAGGCUACGUUAGGAAAUGGAAACAAGGAUGGAUUAUAUUCUGUUCUUCUACGAGAUUACAACUCCCAUGCUGCGGCAGUCUGCAUGAAUCGACUAGCAAAAUUGAGUGCUCGGUGGAUUGGAAUCCAUGGCUUCUCCCUUGGAAUUGAUGAUGUUCAACCUGGAGAGGAGUUGAGAGAAGAAAGAGAAAAAAUAAUCAACAAGGGAUAUGAGGAUUGUGGUCUCAAAAUAAGGGAUUUUAAUGAAGGACGUCUGCAACUGAAAGCUGGUCUAGAUACUGCAAAAUCAUUGGAAUCUGAUAUAACAGGGAUUCUCAAUAGAAUUCGAGAAGCUACUGGAAAGCUAUGUAUGGAAGGAUUACAUUGGAGAAACAGUCCCUUGAUCAUGUCACAAUGUGGUUCCAAGGGAUCUCCUAUCAAUAUCAGUCAGAUGGUUGCAUGUGUUGGUCAGCAGACAGUUAAUGGUCACCGUGCUCCUGAUGGAUUUAUAGAUCGAAGUCUUCCUCAUUUCCCUAGGAUGUCCAAAACACCUGAGGCUAAAGGUUUUGUUGCUAAUUCGUUCUACAGCGGUCUAACUGCCACAGAAUUUUUCUUUCACACUAUGGGAGGACGAGAAGGUCUAGUUGAUACAGCGGUGAAAACUGCCAGUACGGGUUACAUGUCUCGUAGACUGAUGAAAGCCUUGGAAGAUCUGUUAGUCCAUUAUGAUAACACAGUACGAAAUGCCAGCGGUUGCAUACUUCAGUUUACUUAUGGGGAUGAUGGGAUGGACCCAGUACUAAUGGAAGGAAAGGAUGGAGCGCCUUUAAAUUUUGAUAGAUUAUUCCUGAAAAUUCAGGCCACAUGUCCUCCUAGAUCACACCACAGUUUUCUUUCUUCAGAAGAAUUGUUGCAAAAGUUUGAAGAAGAAUUAGUUAGACACGAUACAAGUCGGGUUUGCACUGACGCCUUUGUGAAAUCUCUUCGGGAAUUUCUUUCUUUGCUCGGAUUAAGGUCUACAAGCCCGAGCCAGGUUUUCUAUAAAGCAUCUGGUGUGACUGAUAAGCAAAUCGAGGUAUUUGUAAAAAUUUGUGUAUCUCGCUACCGGGAAAAAACAAUUGAAGCUGGGACUGCAAUUGGAACAAUAGGAGCUCAGAGUAUUGGAGAACCUGGGACACAAAUGACUUUGAAAACUUUUCAUUUUGCUGGAGUUGCGAGCAUGAAUAUCACACAAGGAGUCCCUCGAAUCAACGAAAUCAUCAAUGCUUCCAAAAAUAUAAGUACACCUGUCAUCUCUGCAGAACUUGAGAACCCCCUGGAAUUGACUAGUGCACGAUGGGUGAAAGGACGCAUCGAAAAAACUACUUUAGGACAGGUUGCUGAGAGUAUCGAGGUGCUAAUGACUUCAACAUCAGCAUCAGUGAGAAUAAUCCUUGACAAUAAAAGAAUCGAGGAGGCAUGUUUGUCUAUUAGCCCCUGGUCGGUUAAAACCUCCAUCCUGAAGACUCCCAGAAUCAAACUGAACGAUGAUAAUAUCAGGAUUUUAGAUUCAGGAUUGGAUAUUACUCCCGUGGGAGAUAAAAGUGGGAUUCAUUUUGGUCUUCACAAUCUGAAGAAUGUGCUGCCAAAUAUUAUUGUCAAUGGGAUCAAAACAGUUGAGCGAGUUGUUGUCGCAGAAGAUACAGAUAAAAAGAAACAGAUAGAUGGGAAGAAAAGGUGGAAACUGUUUGUGGAGGGAACAAACCUCCUGGCAGUGAUGGGGACUCCGGGAAUCAAUGGGAGAACUACUACAAGCAACAAUAUUGUGGAAGUGAGCAAAACACUGGGAAUUGAGGCUGCAAGGACCACAAUUAUUGAUGAAAUAGGGUCAGUUAUGGGAAACCAUGGCAUGAGUAUAGACAUUCGUCACAUGAUGCUUUUAGCUGAUGUCAUGACUUACCGGGGGGAGGUUCUCGGGAUACAAAGAACCGGGAUUCAGAAGAUGGAUAAAAGUGUGCUGAUGCAGGCAUCUUUCGAGAGGACUGGAGAUCAUUUAUUUAGUGCAGCAGUUAGUGGAAAGGUUGAUAACAUAGAAGGAGUUACAGAAUGUGUCAUUAUGGGCAUACCAAUGAAGCUCGGAACUGGAAUACUCAAAGUCCUCCAAAGGACCGAUGAUCUGCCAAAGCUGAAAUAUGGUGCUGAUCCAAUCAUCUCUUGAAAAGGCAGAGACCAUGUUUCAUUGCAGUUUACACCGCUGAAUACAUAGAUAACAAGCAAUGCAAGAUCGGCCCAGAUGCAACCAAUUCUCGGGUUCUAGUUCAAAUUCCCAAUUUGCAUACUAACGACUAAGCAAAGGAGAAAAGGUGGUGGUUUUCCCUGAGUUUCUUUUCUUCUUUCUGGUCUGAUUAUUGCUUUAGACAAUAGAAUAUCUUUGAGGCACUUUCUUUUGAAUCUUUGCGUCUCAUUGAAAGUCACAAAUAGUAACAGUUUAC